AUGGCAUUCCUCUUCAAGUCGAAGAAGAGCCAGGAACGCUCCAUAGCCAGUCGCGAGGGCACACCCGGCUCCCAGGGAUCCGUCCACAGUCUCCGAGGGCCCAAGGACGAGAAGGCCUCUGGCCAUCGCGCAACCCCGACCGGAAGCUUGAACUCGAUCGAGAACGAUACCCCCAACAGUCCGCGUCGAGGACCCAGCAUCGACCAGGUCCAGCAGCAGGCCCUGCAGCAGCAGGCCCUGCAGCAGCAGCCUCAGCAGCAGCCUACGAGUGAUCUGCCGUUCCGCAACGGUCCUCAGCAAUUGGCCAGCAGCAGCAGCAGCACCAGCAGCAGCACAGCCAACUCGUCCCUGUAUCCCUGGUCUCAGCGGAGACCGACCUAUACGUCCUCGCACCCCAGCCCCUUCCCUCGCUAUGGCGCCGCCGUCAAUGCCAUGUCCUCCAAGGAGGGUGACAUCUACAUGAUGGGCGGUCUGAUCAACAACUCCACCGUCAAGGGCGACCUGUGGAUGGUCGAGGCCGGCGGCUCCAUGGCCUGCUACCCCCUGGCCACCACUGCCGAGGGCCCCGGGCCCAGGAUAGGUCACGCCAGUCUGCUCGUCGGCAACGCGUUCAUCGUCUACGGCGGUGAUUCCAAGAUUGACGACCUCGACUUCCUCGACGAGACCCUCUACCUGCUCAACACCUCCACCCGACAGUGGUCGCGCGCUCUCCCUGCCGGCCCUCGUCCGUCGGGCCGGUACGGUCAUUCCCUCAACAUUCUCGGCUCCAAAAUCUUCGUCUUUGGUGGCCAGUUCGAAAACGAAUUCAUGAACGACAUGUCAGCAUUCGAUCUCAAUCAGCUGCAGAUGCCCAACAACCGCUGGGAGAUGCUGCAUCGUGGAGAGGCCUCGCCCAACCUGCCCCCUGCGCGCACGAACCACUCGAUGGUGUCCUAUAAUGACAAGAUGUACCUCUUUGGUGGUACCGAUGGUUUGAAAUGGUUCAACGACGUCUGGUGCUACGAUUCGACCGUCAACAAGUGGACGCAGCUCGACUGCAUCGGAUAUAUCCCUGCUCCUCGCGAGGGCCACGCCGCCGCUCUCGUCGACGAUGUCAUGUACAUCUUCGGCGGCCGCACAGAGGAAGGUGCUGACUUGGGCGACCUCGCCGCCUUCCGCCUCCCCACGCGCCGCUGGUACACAUUUCAGAACAUGGGUCCCUCACCUUCGCCUCGCUCCGGUCACAGCAUGACGACUGUCGGCAAGUCCAUUGUCACGUUUGGAGGAGAGCCGAGCUCGGCCGCUUCCUCGGCCAACGAUCUCGGCAUCCUUUACGUCCUGGACACGACCAAGAUCAGGUACCCCUCAGACAGCCAGCAGCAGCAGCAGCAGCAGCAGCAGCAGCAGCAGAUCGCCAACGCCGCGAGGAUCAACCAGGGCCACGGAAGGCGAACUAGUGGCACAGAUUCAGCCAACGGGAUUCGAUCGGCUCCUAGUCGCGACGGCUCUUCGGGGCCGUCCGACCAACGCCGCCUCAUGGGCGGUACACCUACCAGCCCACCCAACGGUCAUCGCUCGCCGCCACCCGGUGGCAUCGACGGCAACGUUCAAGGAAUGAUGGGCCCUCAAAGCUCCAUGGCAGCCCGGUCUACCCCGGCCUCCUCGGGCCCUCCCCCGUCGGGUCCCAUCCCUCAACGCCCCGGCGAGCCGUCGGGCAUGAACCGUGCUCGUGGCCCGUCAUCCGACCGAAGCGGACCUUCAUCAGGACCUUCGCCCCAGAACGGAUCCGGCGCCACCCCCCCAGCCAAUGGCGACGCUACGCAGGAUGCGGAAGCGAGCGGCGUUCAGAUCAACGGCGCAGCGGCCGGGUACGUGGCAGCGUCAGCCGCGGCAUCGGGCCAGGUCCCCCGAUCGGGCUCGAAACAAGAGGUUCGGCAAGUCCGCAACAAGGGCUCCGCCAGCAACUCCAUGUCGAGGAGGUCGUCGGCCCGCAACUCGCAGACCGUGGUCCUCCUCAAGGAGCUCGACUCGGCACGCAACAGGAACGCCUGGUACGCGUCCGAGCUGGAGCUCGCCAGGAAGGCAGGCUACGUGUCGACGCCCACCUCGAGCUCUGCCCUGGACGGAAAGCCGGUCGAGACGUUUGACGACGAGGAUCGCCCGCUGAUCGAGGCCCUCCUCGCCAUGCGGUCCGAGCUGGCCAACGUGCAGGCCGCCAUCGACAAGCAGGCCGCGACGGCCGCCAAGCAGAUGGCCGAGGUCGAGAAGCAGCGCGACGCCGCCGUACAGGAGGCCGUCUACGCCAGGGCCAAGCUGGCCGCGCGCCAGGGAGACGGUUCUCCCGACGGGGCCCUGGCCGGCGACGAGGCCAGCUCGAGAGCCGAGGAGAUGAGCAAGAAGCUGUCGUCGGCCCUCCAGCUGCAGAGGGGACUCCAGUCACAGCUGGAGCAGGCCAGGGCCGACCUCGACAACGAGAGGAGAGCCCGGAGGCUGGCCGACGACACCAUGCGCGCGGCGCAGAAGCGCAUGGGAGAGCUUGAGAGCUACAAGCAGCAGACAUCGACCGAGGUCGAGCGUCUCAAGGCCGAGCUCCACGCGGUCCAGCGCGAGGCGCGGGAGAAUAUGGUCUCGUCGGCAGACGCCGUCAGCGCCCUGGCGCUCGCCUCGGCCGAGAGGGACGAGAUGGCCAGGAAGUACGAAGAGGCCGUGGGCGACUCCAAGACGCACAGCGACACGUUCGCGUCGCUGCGUGCCGCCAUCUCGUCAUCGGAGGACGGCAGGACGCACCUGCAGAACAAGCUCGAGGAGGAGCGCGCGCACCGGGAGAAGCUCGAGAGCAAGCUUGCCAGCCUCAAGGCGGAGCACGAGGCCCAGACGGCGGAGCUCGUCAUCUCGACGCAGAGGCUGCGCGAUGCCGAAGAGUCGGCUGAGAAGCACGCCAACGAAGCCAGGACGCACCGCGAGGCCGUCCUGGCCGGUCUCGGCCAGAUCACGAACCGCGACGAGCCCGUCGGCGGCAAGGCGGAGAGCGAACGCCUGGUGGCCCUCCAGAACCAGGUGGCCGCUUCCAACGCCCUGGUGCGCAAGUACCAGCAGGAAGCCGACGCCGCGGCCGACAAGCUGCGGGCGGCCGAGGAGCGCAUCGCCGGCCUGGAGCAGUACCAGGAGCAGUCGAGCCGUGAGGGCGUCACCAUCAGGCGACAGCUGCAGUCGGCCCUGCGGGACACGCAGGCGCUGCACGCGACGAGCACGGAGCUCAAGAACAGGUUGGCAGCGCAGCAGCUCGAGACCAACGCCAUGUCCGUGCAGCACAACGCGCUCAAGGACAUCCUCAGCGAGCGCGGCAUCAGCCCUACCAGCGCGCUGCAGCAGGGCCGGCUCCGCGACCUCGAGUCGCAGCUGGCCAGCUCGCACGCGGCGCACGAAGAGACGAAGCAGGCGUUCGCGGUGCAGCACCAGGAGUCGGAGACCAUGUACCGCGAGAAGCUGGCGCUGCUGGAGAAUGACUACCGGUCGGCAGUGCACUACGUCAAGGGCACGGAGCAGAUGCUCAAGCAGCUCAAGGAGCAGCUGAACCGGUACAAGUCCGAGAACGGCGCCCUCAAGUCGGAGAUUCAGGAGCUCGAGAACCGCGCCGGCGGCAGCGCGGGACCGGCGGCCGGGUGGGAGGUCGAGCGCAGGUCCCUCCAGGGCAAGGUGCAGUCUCUCGGGUCGGAGCUGAGCGCGACGGCCUCGCGCCUGCAGAAGGAGCUCGACGGCCUGCGUGCCGAGCUCGCGUCCGUGAGCAGGCAGCGGGACGAGGCGGCCCGCCUGGGCGACGAGGCGCAGCAGAACCUCCAGCACCAGCUCAGCUACCUGGAACACCUGCGCAGCGAGAACGCGCAGCUGGAGCAGCGCGCCAGCGACGCCGAGCAGAAGGUGUCCCUCCUGCUAGACCAGGUGGAGAACUCGGUGGACACGUACCGCCGCCAGAGCCGGCAGAUCCCCAGCGACCUCGCCGUCCCCGGCGGCGGCGCAGGUCUAGGUCUGGGUCUAGGCCUGAACGGCUCCGGCACGGGUGAGAUCGGCAGUGCCCGCAGCCUGAGCCCCGAUCUCGACAUGGCCGGCAGCAGCAACGGCAACAGCAGCGGCAACAACCCCGCCCUGAUGACCAGCAACGGCACCGGCCCCGCCCCGGACGCCCGCAACAGCGCCGCCCUCGACAACCUGGCCAGCGAGCUCGAGACGCUGCGGAGCCAGUGGGAGGCCACCAACAAGAACUACCGCCUCAGCCACAACUUUGAGGUCGACGCCGCGUCGCCGCACGCUCCGGGGAAGGGGGUCGGCGACGGGGGCAUGCUGACUGAGAGUCUGGCCGAUUGGAGGAGGAAGCUUGAUACUGAGGAUAGGACAGCUGUGAGGCAUUAG